AAAAUUGCUGGUAAAGCUACCCUCCCCGUGUGGUCUCGUGGACAGCAGAGGUCACUGGAUUUUAACAUCAUAGACGGCGACUAUCAACCAAUUUUAUCAUUGAAUACCAGCCUCAAUCUUGGCUUUGUGAGUUUCCGUAACUGUGAUGUCCUAGCAUUACACGUUAAGUGUCCCAACGCCUCCUUGCUCGAAGAGUAUGAUGAUGUAUUUGACGGAUUGGGUGCUCUACCGGGAGCCUACAAAAUAGCCAUAGACGAACAGGCACAACCAGUUGUCCAAGCACCGAGGCGAGUGCUAGUAGCCUUG